AGAACAAACAUCUUGACUUGACCUCGAGAAAGCAAUAAAAUCUUGAGCAAUGGAACUUGGCACGAGCGUGACUCGACGAUAGCUGGGCUCGUCUUUGUCGCCUCAAGUUGAUCCGGCUCGAAGAAUGAGAGCCGACGGGUCCUGUGGAGAGAGAGGGGCUUCCCUAAAGGCCUCGAUAUGAAAGCUCUGAUGUUCCGCGGCCUCUGCCUGCUCAGCCUGAGCCUCCCGCUGCUCUACUGGUUCGCACAUGUGAUCACCCGGGACGACGUGUCUCCUGCCGCUCGGAGCUCCGGGCUCCAGGGCUACAGGAGGAUCAGCCGCGGCAGGGUGGAGCAGCAGCUACUGAACAAGCACUGCAACCAGUGUGCCUUGGUCUCCAGCUCGGGUCAGAUGCUCGGAGCCGGCGUCGGAGAGGAGAUCGACAAAACUGCAUGCGUCAUCAGGAUGAACAACGCGCCCACGCGGGGGUUUGAGACAGACGUCGGGAGUCGCACCAGCGUCCGGGUCGUGUCUCACACCAGUGCUCCCCUGUUGGUCAGAAAUGAGCGCUAUUAUUUCCAACAGUCCGCAAACACCACUUACAUCUUCUGGGGUCCCGAGAAGAACAUGAGGCAAGACGGGAAGGGACGCAUCUACAAUCUCCUCCUGAAAAUGGCCACCAAGUAUCCAAACGCCAAAAUAUACGCUGUGACCAAAGACAGGGUUCAGUACUGCGACAACGUGUUUCAGAAUGAAACAGGAAAAAACAGAAUGAAAACGGGGGCGUUUCUCAGCACUGGAUUCUUCACAAUGAUUCUGGCUUUAGACAUGUGUGACACCAUCCAAGUCUACGGGAUGAUCGACGAUAACUACUGCAGCCGAGCCAAUCACAGCGUCGUUCCUUACCAUUACUACGAGCGAAACCGCAUCAACGAGUGCAGGAUGUACAAAGUCCACGAGCACACGAAGCGUGGCGGCCAUCGCUUCAUCACCGAGAAAGCCAUCUAUGCCAAAUGGGCAACACGCCACAAGAUAGAGUUUAAAAAUCCCUCUUGGAGCCUCUGAACAGUGAGAUCCAAAAGCUAAGAAGAUGUUCCUCGACUGCACUGUGGUAUUUAUUUCUCUGCUGGAUUUUAUUAUCUAAAAGAAUUCAGUGUUGCCUGAGCAGGAAUUUUAUCAGCUACUGUUGGACUUUUUUUUUUUUUUUUUUAAAUCAACUCAGCACUUUUUACAGACGAACCACAGUGAUUUUUGCUCAUUAUAUUAUCUGCAGCCAUAGAUGUAAAAUAAUACGUUUUGUUUCCGUGCUUAAGAUUUACCAGCAUGUAACUGGUGGCAUCUGCACAGAUUGUGAUAAAGAACAUUAAGACACAUGACACUACAACCAAUUUACACCAAAGCUCACGAUUUUUAAUUUCGUUCUACGUGUGCCUUGACCUUUGGUCUUAAUCUGCACAAUGAUUUACUUUAUGCUGCAAUCUGGCCUGUGUAAUUGCGACAUGCACCUUUACUCUAGGAGGCAGGAAGUAUAUGUAGGGCUGCAUUUAACCUUUACUUUCAUUACUCAUUAAUCUGGCACUGAAUCUCUCACUGAGUCGAUUACAAAUACUCAGAAAAUGUGAAGGUAUUCAGUUUACAAUCAUACAAAUCUGAGAAAAUGGCAAGAGCCAACAUAUUCUGGCAUUCUUACUUUAAAAAAUGACUUGUGGAUUUUCAGUUGAUUGACUAAUUGAAAUAGGUCCCCUUUAGUGGAGCUGUUUUCAUCUCUUUAGCGUGAUACCCCGGUAACACGAGCACAUUACACUGAACAUCUCAAGCCAAAACUUAAAAUUAUUCCCAAAGUUGUCUCCAGACAUCCUCUUUAUAAAGUGUUUACCCUUUAGAUUUUACUGCCUUUUACAAUCAAAAGCGUGGCACUGCCUUUUCAGUUGCGAAAUGCUUCUUGUCAGAGGAAUUCCAAAGACUGUAACAGUAUUUGCACUACUGAGUAAGUAUUUUACGAUCAUGUACAUUUCAAAUUAAAAGUGUGUUAUUGAUGUUUUAGUAACCAUGCUGUAUGUAGUGAACUCUGCAAAAUAAAAUCUUGAAUGUAAAUGUGAACACUGGUCACUGCUGAAGAGAGAUAAGUGUCAACAUUAAUAAAUCUGCUGUCAAAUAUUUGCGUCUUGUGAGUGUGAAUGACUUCUGCACAUGUGAAUCAUCUGAAUCACAUCUGAAUUGUUAUUAAUAAAGAUUGAGAAGAUUG